AUGGCUGCGGGUGAUCUCACCCAUUCUGGUGGCAGUAGCAGUAGGAGUUGGGCCCGCUGUGUUUCUGGGAGCUUUCGUGAGUUGGGGAGCAACCCAUCGGAUUUGUUCCACUCCAGGGGUCACGACGAGGAUGAUGAGGCCGAUCUCCAACGGGCAGCCCUUGAGAGGCUACUCGGGUCGCGGCGGGAGUUUGUACCGCAGAAGUCAGUUGACGAUGAUGCCGUUGAUGUCGCCACUCUCGGCGACCUGGACAAGAAGAUCCUAGUAGAGCAUUUUCCGCAGGUUGUCGAGGAGGAGAAUGAACGACUCCCCCGCCUCAGGAAAAGGAUGGAGAGGUUGAUAUUUCUCUUCACAAUAUAA